CUAAGAUGAAGGCUUCAGCUGGGCAAGGCAUAAGGCUGGCAUACCUUCUCCUGAGUUUGGCUUCCCCCUGCCUUCCCACCCCACUCUGGAAGGACCGGGACUCCCUAAUGCAGGAGGAGAAAGCCCAGCAGACGGGUGGCAAUUUGGUGCUGAGCAGGCAGGAACAGCAGCUCAGUACAAAGCUUGUAAAUCUCAAGAAGAAGGAAGUUGCAACAGCCAUAAGUACAGGACAGUUCCCUCCGAGCAUGCACUUCUUCCGGGCAAAAGGCCUCAUUGAUCAGAGCAUGGUGUUCAGCAUCUUAAAGCACAUGCCAAAAGGUGCUGUCUUACACCUGCAUGACUAUGCCAUCCUGAGUGUGGACUGGUUGGUGUACAAUGCCUCCUACCUCCCUGACUGCUACAUCUGCUUCACACACACGGGCACCGUUCGGUUUCGCUUUUCCAAGCCACAUCCUCCUCGCCCAGUGCCAGCCCGGUGCUCCCAGUGGGUUUUGCUGGAGACUUAUCGGAAACAGCUGAGCAAUGUGACUGAGUUUGAUAGCAGCUUGCUGAGAAACCUGACCCUGGUGACAGAUGCCCCUGAGCUGGCCUACCCUUCUCAGGCUUUCAUUUGGAAAAGAUUUGAAGAAAUCUUUCUCAUUGCCUCUGGACUUAUCUGCUAUGCACCUGUGUUCAAGGCCUAUUUCUACCAGGGGCUGCUGGAGCUCUAUGAAGACAAUGUACAGUAUGUCGAGAUAAGAGCUAUCCUGCCUGCGGUGUAUGAACUGGAUGGCACCCAGCACAAUAAAUCAUGGUCUGUGGCAACCUAUCGGGAAGUGACCAGGCAGUUUGUGAAGGAGCACCCUGACUUUGUUGGAGCCAAGAUUAUAUUUACAGCACACAGGAUGCUGAAUGUUUCCCAGAUUAAAGAAGACAUCGUCACGGCCAUGGCACUCAGAGCCCAAUUCCCAGACACCCUGGCAGGCUUCGACCUGGUUGGUGAUGAGGAUGAAGGUCAUUCUUUAUGGGACCUGAAAGAUGCUCUGACCAUACCAUAUUCCAUGGGGGUCAACUUGCCGUACUUUUUCCAUGCUGGGGAGACCGACUGGCAGGGCACCUCUGUAGACAAUAACGUGCUGGAUGCAUUGCUACUGAACACCAGCAGGAUUGGCCAUGGACUUGCUCUUAUUAAACACCCAGUAGCCAAACGUUUGUCUCUGAAGAGGGAUAUUCCUGUAGAAGUCUGUCCUAUCUCCAACCAGGUCCUGCUGUUAGUAGCCGACUUGCGCAGUCACCCUGCAGCUGACCUCAUGGCUGAAGGGCACCCCAUUGUCAUCAGCCCUGAUGAUCCCCCUAUCUUUGGGGCAAAGGGAGUAUCCUAUGACUUCUACGAGGUGUUCAUGGCCAUUGGAGGGAUGAAUGCUGACCUGAGGACCCUAAAACAACUUGCACUCAACUCCAUAAAAUACAGUGCCAUGCUACCGGAUGAGAAAGCCAAGGCCAAAGAGGUCUGGCAGAAAAAAUGGGACCAAUUUGUGGCUGACCUCUCUGAUAGCUUUCUCAGGGAGCUGUAGAAAGGACAAGACUCAUCUCAGAAGGCAUUUGACAAGCCAGAGUGAGCCAGACUAAUUGCUAAGAGGGAGACUGCUUCUUCCAUAUGACCUGAGCAGAUGAAUGAACC